UGAUGUCUCACGCGAGAAACCUGAGGUGGAUAUGAAAGUUCUGAGUGUCGAUGUCACAGCAGGCAAGAUGGAAGGUGAUCUUAGUCUUGGGAAGAUCGACAUCAAAGGUCCUGAUAUCGGUCUAAAACUGCCUGAAGUGGAAAAACCAAACGUCGAUGUUGAAAUGCCAAAAGUGAAAGGGAAGUUGGAUGUCGAUAUGUCGAUGCCAAAACCUGAAAUUGAUAUUUCAGCUCCAGGAAUGUCAGUGGACAUUAACCCUCCAUCAGCUGACAUUGAUGUGCCAGCAGUUGAUGUCGAUUUACCUUCAGCAGAUCUCAAGUUGAAAGGUGAGGGUGCAAAGUUCAAAAUGCCAUUCAUGAAAAAGCCAUCAUUUGGUAUUUCUCUUCCAAAGUUCAAAGGACCUGAAGUUGAUGUGAGUGUGAGCAAGCCAGAUGUUGAUAUUUCAGUUGAAAAACCAGAGAUAGACAUUAAAUGUCCUAAAAUUGACGUAGAAACACCAAAACCUGAAGGUGAUCUGCAGGCACUGGAUGUUGACAUUGACGUUACAGGUGGAAAAAUGAAACUGCCCAAAUUCAAAACUCCCAAAUUUGGAUUUGCAACUCCCGAUAUAAAAGCUCCAAAAGUGGACCUGAAUGUCAAUAUUCCCAAAGUUGAUGUCUCACGAGCGAAACCUGAGGUGGAUAUGAAAGUUCCGAGUGUCGAUGUCACAGCAGGCAAGAUGGAAGGUGAUCUUAGUCUUGGGAAGAUUGACAUCAAAACUCCAGAUAUUGGUCUAAAACUGCCUGAAGUGGAAAAAUCAAAAGUCGAUGUUGAAAUGCCAAAGGUGAAAGGGACGUUGGAUGUCGAUGUGUCCAUGCCUCAACCUGAAAUUGAUGUUUCAGCUCCAGGAAUGUCAGUGGACAUUAAACCUCCAUCAGCUGACAUUGGUGUGCCAGCAGUUGAUGUUGAUUUAGAUUCAGCAGAUCUGAAGUUGAAAGGUGAGGGAGCAAAGUUCAAAAUGCCAUCUAUGAAAAUGCCAUCAUUUGGAAUUUCUCUUCCAAAGUUCAAAGGACCUGAAAUUGAUGUGAGUGUGAGCAAGCCAGAUGUUGAUAUUUCAGUUGAAAAACCAGAGAUAGACAUUAAAGGUCCUAAAAUUGAUGUAGAAACUCCAAAACCUGAAGGUGGUCUGCAGGCACCGGAUGUUGACAUUGAGGUUAAAGGGGGAAAAAUGAAACUGCCCAAAUUCAAAACUCCCAAAUUUGGAUUUUCCACUCCCGAUAUAAAAGCUCCAAAACUGGACCUGAAUGUCAAUCUCCCCAAAGUU